AGCGAAAAUGGCGUCGUCAGUAGUAGCUUUACGUUUGGGCGGUUCGGAAAUUCAUGAAUGAAAUCGUAAUCGCGCUCUUUUUAGAGUUGUUUACAACGUAAUACUUUCUCGGUGACUAUGAUGAUGAAUGACAUGGGCAAGCAGGAGCUGGCAAGUCCGAGCACGUCAGGGUGGGACUCGGUCAGCAUGACAAUGCCGCAGGUGACCCUGCCGCAUGACACCAUGCCGAUCCUGGUCCCCACCCCUAUCAAGAUGGUCCCUCAGAUGAGCAUGGAGCAUCCUGUCAUGCCAGUGCCCCUCAUGCCCCCAACACCCCAUUUGCAUACCUUUGUUAAUCAGGGAGUGCCUGUGCCUGGUCCCUUUAUGGAGGAUUUGCCUCCAGAACUGGUUCAGCAGGGCUGGAAAAAACUUUGGAGCAAACGAGAAAACCGUCCAUAUUUCUGGAACAAAUUGACAGGAAUCUCCUUGUGGGAAAUGCCAAACAAUAAACCACAGUUUGAUCCUAUAACAGACCCGUUGGGAAUAAGUGGACCAGGUACACCAAUCAAUGGCCCCCCAAUGCCUGUGAAACGGAGAGCUUCAGAGGAAGUAGGAGGUAGUCCUGUUGCCAAGAAGUUUAUUCUUGCGGGACCAUGGGACUUGGAGGUGUCAACCAAUGUGAUACUGUAUGAGCGUCCACCCACCGUCAUCCCUCACCCCCACCCUGAGAUAGAGGCCUUCCGCUGCUCUCUCACGGCCAAACUGCGCAACUGCUACCAGGAACUGUGUCACUCCAGAGAAUCUAUCGAUGCACCUAAGGAUUCAUUCAAUAGAUGGCUGAUGGAGCGCAAAGUGGUUGACUGUGGCACAGACCCCCUGCUCCCCAGUCAGUGUUUUCCUGAGAUUUCCCAGUGUAUGUACAAGGAGAUCAUGAACGAUAUUCCCAUAAAACUUGUCCGGCCCAAGUUUACUGGUGAUGCCAGGAAACAACUGUCUCGUUAUGCUGAGGCUGCCAAGAAAAUGAUUGAGUCCAGGAAUGCAUCGCCCGAGAGCCGGAAAGUUGUCAAGUGGAAUGCUGAGGACACAUUCCAGUGGCUGAGGCGCACAGUUGGCGCAACAUAUGAUGACUUUCAGGACAGGCUCGGCCACCUUAAGCGACAGUGCCAACCCCACCUAACAGAGACAGUCAAAGAAUCUGUGGAAGGAAUCUGUCUCAAGAUAUACCACCUUUCUUCGGAGUAUGGAAAGAAGAUACGGGAAAAACACUACGAACUCCUGAAGGAAAACGGAAUAGCAGAGCCGACACCACCGCAGCACUUGGCCAGUGUACGUAAGGUAUGGUGCUACCCUGUACAGUUCUCCACACCGUGUCCACGGCUGCCUGCCAUCGACUACUUUAUUGAACGGGACCAGACACUGCUCAGGUUCCAGGGCGACACAGUAGCCAUCAACACCACCCACCUCCACAAGUUGGAGCAGCUAUACAGGUUCAGCUGUUUUGACGACAAGAAGUUUGAGUUGUUCCUGCCGCGAGUCUGGUGUCUGCUGAAACGCUACAACACAUUUAUCGCCAACAGUGAGAACACGCAGGCAGCUUUGCCUGUAACAGUGCUCGAGUGCCUCAACCGCAUGUUUGGCGUAACCUUUGAGUGUUUCGCCUCUCCGCUCAACUGCUACUUCAGGCAGUACUGCUCUGCCUUCGCUGACACUGACUCUUACUUUGGCUCUAGAGGGCCAAUUCUGGAGCUGAAAGCCAUCAGCGGGUCAUUCGAGGCCAACCCACCGUUCAGCGAGGAGUUGAUGGAGGCCAUGGUGAAUCACUUUGAGCGGCUGCUAGCAGACUCGACAGAGCCAUUGUCGUUCGUGGUAGUAUUGCCAGAGUGGCGUGAUCCUGCUCCCGCCGCUCUUCUUAAGUUGGAGGCCAGCCACUUCAAGCGGCGCCAGGUUGUGGUUCCUGCCUUUGAGCAUGAGUACCGCCACGGCUUCCAGCACAUUGUCGCUAAGUCAGAGCUGAAUGUGAGGUCUUCACAUGGCACACUAGUGGUUUGGCUACAGAACAAUGCAGGCUACCAGCGGUGGGGACCUACCGAGGAGAGGGUGGAGGCUCUGCUGGAAGCCUUUCGGCCUGGGAAGGAGCGGGAGAGGGAUCGGCAAGAAUUGUUGUCACCCCAACGCACAGAUCCUGAUAAGAAGACUGAAAAAAUUACUCCUCAACCAGGAUUUGAACCUCUGCCACAAGCCAGGCGAUCUGUCGUCUUGCAGACAACACCACCUCUCAAUGUCAAGAAUUAGUCGAUAGUUUACGUAUUGGUGGGGUUCUUUUUACAAUGUAACUAAAGUUUAUUUUAAGCAUUUAUUGAUUAAGUAAACACCAUUUUGUGUAUUAGCUUACAUGACAUGGUACCAAUACACAAAUAUAUCAAACACGGAAUAAACCACAAACUAAUGAACUAACUCUUACGUUGCAUCUAUAGUGUUACGUUGUGAACAGAAAGUGUGAUGGAGCUUUAUUUAUGUAUCUGUUUCUAGAUAAAAAGACAACCAGUCAUCUGCUAUAUUUAGCUCUUUUUUGUUAUUUAUAUUUCUGAUUUUACCCCUAGACGUACUUGGUGUACAGUACUCGAACCAAAUCGUUUUUAUAUGUUUUGUUUUUUUUACUUAACAUAACCUUUUGCUUAAGUCAGUAAUAGAUUUAUUUCAUUAUUAUUACCUAACUUUAAUUAUAAAAGUGCAAGUUUCAUCAUUUUUUUAUUUUAGAAUUAAUUUUUAAUGUUAAUGUAUGUUUUGUACAUUAUUAACCGAGAUGUUUUUUAACCAAUCAGCAGCUAUCACAGUGUUGAGUAGAUUAAAGUUGAGAUUAGAAAUGUGAUCAGUGAAAUUAUCAUUGUUUAUAUUGUUAUUAUGAGAUUGUUACAAAAGUACAAAUUAGUUUAUUACUAUUAUUCUAUUUUAUAAAAAUUUCAAAAAUAUUUAUAACUUUUGGUGACUUGCACAAGAAGAUCAUUGUUGUUGUUGGCUGAAGAUAUCUAUGUUGUGCUGAUCUCAUUCAGAUUAGUUACUUGAGUUAUUGUUGUAAAUACUAUAGAUCUAUCUAUUGUACAAACCAGAGUUAUUGUAAAUAGAGACAUAUCAUAUAAGUUGUAUAAACUAAUAACUGGCCACCCCAGUUUGUAUCUGUAUUGUGCAAUAUUUGUCACAGGAAACACUAAUUAAAUUUUAUCACAAGUAUAUAAAAUGU